AUGGAGGUGAAAAUUGAAAAACAUAGGGGAAACAAGCAAAGAAGCAAAGAAAAAUGUAAUUUUAAAGAGUAUGCUCAGAAAGGAGAUGAUCAGUUGCAUGCCGUAAGCAACAUGAUAAUGGAGGACUACAGAAGCACGAUUGGCAAUUUUUAUGAGUGCAUAAAAAAAGACAUAAAAAUUGUGAUUGAGCGGAACGGCAACAUAAACGUCGACCUUUUUUCGAAUUAUUUCAAAAACAUGAUAAAGGAAAUCCAUGACGAGAAGAAUAAUGUGAAAAAAAAAAAAAUUGAUAAAAUUACCAGAAAAUAUCUCCGGAAAAUUGAUUCUUACAGAUUACGGGAGCGAGACUUUUUCGAAGACGAAGGAAAUGUAGAAAGCAGGAGUUGCAAAUAUCACAAUAGGAGUUUAAAUAAAUACGACUCAUUUGAUUUAAGGAAGAUUAUAAAAAAUAAUUAUGAACAACACGAAUUGUGUAGUGACAAUGAAGAAGAAGAAGAAUCUUUUUCCUUCUAUUUCUACGAAAAUAGAAAUAUAAAAAUUAUUGACAGAUUGAAGGAUUUAAAAAAUAACAUUUCAUUUUUUAAGUUUUAUGAUUUAAUUGAUUUUCCAAUCACAAAAAUCAUGGCGGACGACGAAAUGGCGCAAAAACUGAGCUAA